UAAUCAUGUCCGCUUCCAUAUUCACAAGCAGGAGAUCUUCAUAUUGUUCACUGAUGGUUCUAAUUGAUUUCACGCCUGUGUAUGUGUAAGCGUUUCGUUGCCGGUCUUAAUUGCACAUUUAUCCGAAUUAGGACAGAAUAAGUAUUUGGUUGCUGAUAUUUGGAUUGUUCGCCUACGUGUUUCUUUUUCGUUAACUGUUAAAUUGAAUUGCAGUUUUUAAGAGUCGAAGGCUUAAGAAAGGGACAUUUGAUUUGAAAAGCAAUGGCGAAUGAUAACCAAUAUUGCAUUAUAUGAUACAGCAACGACAACCAAAUUCUAACCAUGGAUUUAUUUUGGAUGUCAUUGAUUUUCAAAAUGUUGGCCUUGGUGUUACUAAGAUGCACUGAAAGCAGUGAUGCAAAAUUUGGAAUAAUUUUCGACCAUGAUUCAGUGGAUGCUAUGCAAAUUUUCACCAAAUACAGACCGAGGUAUAUCAGCCAGGUUAUUGAUUUGUCCGACAGCUUCGCCGUCAGCAAUGAAAUUUGUUCACAACUGGAGAAUGAUGUCAUUGGGAUAAUAGGUGUCUGUGAAAAAUGUGCGUUGGCCACUAUUCAGUCAUACAGCGACACGUUUCAAGUACCAUUCUUACUCAUCAGCAGUGCGCCAAUUCCGGAUGACGUCACCAGCGAUUCCUUUCAAUUUUUCCUCACACCAGUCUUCAUCCAAGGACUUCUAGAUAUUGUCAUAUAUAAACAAUGGCAUAGAGUGUUCUAUAUUUACGAUACAGACGAAGGCUUGCUGAGACUACAACAUAUCCUUAACAUUAUCAAUGCACAGAAAUCGCCCCAGCUAGACAUUAUUUUCCUGAGAAUUCCAAAUGCACAAUCAUGUUAUGAAAAAAUCCUUCAAUUUUACAAACAUGAUGACUCAGAGUUGCGGAUCCUUCUUGAUUUACCGUUCAAGAAAGUUCAAAGGACCAUUGAAUUACUGACAAAGACACCACAAGUUGUAAUGAACCGAUUUCAUUUUCUUUUGACAAGAUUGGGAAUAUCUCAGUUGAAUGAAACUGUGAUUUUAAAAGGGGCCAACUUUACUGGAUUUAAGCUUUGGUCGAAAGACGUGAUGAAGGAAAGAGAGUGGUUUGACACAUUUAACACAAACAAAAUUAACCCCACGCAUGCAUUACUGAGCGAUGCCCUCGAUUUCUUUGAUUCCACAUACAAAAAUUCAUCGCAAAGGUUUCGCAAUAAGCAUGCCAGUGACCAGAAGCUCUCUUGUCGACACAACAAUAAAACUGUAACUCUUACUAGGAACCGGGAGGUAUUCACAGAGGAUCUGAGAAAGACUAAAAUCAAGGGCCUCAGUGGGCACAUAGAAUUUGAUAACUUUGGUCGAAGAAGAAAUUUUGAACUUCAAGUGAUGGAGACAUAUAAGGAAAAAGAGCUUGCAAAAGAUGGGGAAUGGAGUCCAGUCCCAUUUAAAGGUAGCCGCUUGCGAAUACACAAGUCGGAACACACUAGACAACCAAUCAGAAAAACCAAGGUGCCAAAAGAAAUUAAAAUAAAUAUAACUACAAUCGCUGAAGAACCUUAUGCCAUGAUCAAACCUGAGUAUAGCGAUGAGGUGAAGAAACUUCGUGAUAACGGAUCGCGUGUUUGCGGGACGCACUAUUUCCUGGGAUUCUGUAUAGACCUAGCUCAAAAGGUCGCUGAAAAAAUAAACAUGACGUAUGAUAUUUGUCUGGUACAGGAUGGCAUGUAUGGAGCGGAACUAGCAGACAAAUCAUGGAAUGGGAUGAUAGGCGAACUUCUAGAAAAGAAAGUGCAAAUGGCUGUUGCUCCGAUAACAAUCACGUCAGACAGGGAAAAGGUCGUGGACUUUACCAAACCGUUUUUAAAUCUAGGAAUAAGCAUUAUCAUAAAAAAGCCCGUGGAUAAAGGAGCCCAUAUCUUCUCAUUCAUGGAGCCUCUGUCCUCCGAGAUAUGGAUGUGUAUUUUGUUUGCUUACGUCGGUGUGAGUGUGGUAUUGUUCCUUGUGAGUAGGUUUAGCCCCGCAGAAUGGAAGGUGGAUAACACAAACAUAACCAAUGACUUCACAAUUUCCAAUAGUCUCUGGUAUGCACUGGGUGCUUUUAUGCAACAGGGGUGCGACAUCUCACCUUCAGCAGUGUCAGGAAGGAUUGUAGGUAGUGUGUGGUGGUUCUUUACAUUGAUCAUCAUUUCAUCUUACACGGCGAACCUGGCCGCCUUCCUGACAGUGGACAGAAUGAAUACGCCAAUUAAUUCUGUUGAAGACUUGGCCAAGCAAACCAAGAUUCAGUACGGUGCUCUGAAAGAUGGAUCAACGUAUAGCUUUUUCAAUAAAUCCAAAUUUCCUCUGUAUGAGAGAAUGUUUGCAUACAUGAAUUCUGUCCCAGAUGUGUUUGUGAAUUCCACGGAACUUGGUAAAAAGAAAGUCAGGGAGUCCAAUGGUCUAUAUGCGUUUCUGCUUGAGUCGACAACAAAUGAAUAUACUAACCUAAGGCUACCUUGCGAUACGAUGAAAAUUGGUUCUAACCUUGACUCUAAAGGAUAUGGCAUCGCAACCCCUCCGAACUCGAUAUUAAAGGACACGUUGACCCUGGCUGUCUUGGCGUUACGUGAAUCCGGAGAACUGGCUCAAAUAAAAAAGAGGUGGUUUGAUGACAUGUCCCAAUGUCCCCAGGAGAGUCCUGACGAUGGGUCACAAGCAUCGUUGAAUCUAAAAAACGUCGCUGGAAUAUUUUACAUUCUGUCGUGUGGACUUAUCAUAUCAAUAGUUGUAGCGGGUGUCGAGUUUCUGUACAAGACAAUUGUAGAUUCAAGAAAAUCAAAAACAACUUUUGGGUCCAUGCUGAAGUGCAAAGCUCGCAUGUCAUUCAGGGGAUCCAUUGACUCCACUACCGGACAGACAACUCCCCUAAAGAAAAACAACCCCUCGGUUUCCGCGACAGUGAGUAAAAAAAUCGUUGUAUUCUUUGACCUAAACACCGAUAACGAGCUGGGAAUCUUCCGAAAUAGCACUCUACACGAUGUUGAUUUUUACGAUUUGGAAGUCAACUUUACCGACAGUCUAGCUGUAGGAAAAGCAGUUCAGGAAGAAGAUCGAAAGAAUAAUUGGCUGCUAGGCAUUAUAGCGGUGAGUCGCACCUGUCACUUACCGACUCUUCAGUCGUACGUGGACUACUACAAUUUAGCGUUUCUCUUCAUUGGUCCUACAUGCAGUCUUAAGUCUGAACUCCGUAGCGGUUCCUUCCACUUGUUUCCCAUGCCUUCAUUGGUGGGAGGUCUAGUAGAUGUCAUGUUCUACAAAGAAUGGGAAGGCAUUUACUACAUAUAUGACUCUGAUGAAGGGAUUCUCCAGUAUGAACAACUGUUGCACGAAAUUCAUUCUCAAGAAUUAAUAUUUGACGUGAUUGUAUUGCGUGUCAGUAGUAUAAACGACUGCUAUAGGCGGCUGAUCAGAAUAUAUAACGACGACCCUGGAAAUAUCCGGGUUCUUCUGAAUUUACAACCAGAGGACAGUCAAUCAGUAAUAUCAAGAUUGAAAGACGACCCCAGUGUAAAUAAUUUUCGCUUUCACUUUCUGCUUUCUAAAUUGGGUAUUUAUAACAUGAACGGGAGUAUUCACAACCAGGGCAUCAAUAUUACCGGCUUCAGACUGGACGUUGACAUAAAUAUAACCGAUAGCCAGGUUUUAAUGAAGGACACCUUUAACUUCGCAAGAGAAGUGCUGAGUGGAUACAGAGAUUUAUUGAGUCUUAGUAGCCGUAAUGAUACUCAUGAAAAGAGACAAAAACUGAUUGGGGCGCUUAAAGAGAUGAGAUACAGCGGAGCUAGUGGACCAUAUAUUUUUGAUGAAGAUGGAAUUAGAGCAAACUUUACUUUGCGUCUAAUUGAGACACUGGUUACGAGACAGAUUGCACAGAUUGGGAAAUGGGUAUCCUACGAAGAUAUAGGAGCACGUCUGGACAUGCUGAACACCUCCCAGAUAAAGGUUCAAAAACAUCGCAAAGAAAAGACAGAGAUAAAAGUCUCUACAGGCCAAGAACGCAUCAUCACAACCAUACAUGAUAAACCAUAUGUCUUUAUCAAAAAGAAAUAUGCCAAAGAAGUAAAUAAGAUGAAAGAAGAAGGGAAAAGAGUUUGCGGAAAUCAUUAUUUUGAGGGGUUCUGUAUUGACCUGGCUCAGAAAGUGACAGAAAUACUCAACAUCACAAACUACACAGUAUGUUUGGUACAAGACGGUCAAUAUGGGGCGAUUCAGGCAAACCAAACGUGGAAUGGGAUGAUUGGAGAGCUGAUGCAAAAGAAAGCUGACAUGGCAGUAGCACCCAUAACAAUAUCUUCUACACGGGAAAGAGUAGUGGAUUUCACUAAGCCCUAUAUGAGUCUGGGCAUCAGCAUCAUGAUAAAGAAACCAGCUAACGAAGGAGCUCACAUUUUCUCUUUUAUGGACCCGCUAUCCUCUGAGAUCUGGAUGUGUAUCUUAUUUGCUUAUGUGGGAGUGAGUGUGGUUCUGUUUUUGGUUAGUAGAUUCAGUCCUUCGGAGUGGAAGGUGGACGAGAAGACAAUCAGUAAUGACUUUACCAUCUCUAACAGUUUAUGGUAUUCAUUGGGUGCGUUCAUGCAGCAAGGGUGUGAUAUUUCACCAAAGGCUAUUUCAGGGAGGAUAGUUGGGAGCGUUUGGUGGUUUUUUACCUUAAUAAUAAUUUCAUCGUACACAGCCAAUCUUGCAGCGUUUUUGACGGUAGACCGAAUGAAUACGCCCAUCAGUUCAGUCGAAGAUCUUGCCAAACAAACAAAAAUCCAGUAUGGCUGUCUUAAAAGUGGCGCUACGUAUGAAUUUUUCAAAAAAUCAAAGUUUGCAUUAUAUGAAAGGAUGUAUGCUUAUAUGACGUCAGCAGAAAACGUGUUUGUAAAAGAAAACGAUGAGGGAUACGAGAAAGUCAGAGCCUCGAAUGGAAAGAAAUACGCCUUCCUGGUGGAGUCAACAACCAACGAAUACAUUAACAACCAGAAACCGUGCAACACCAUGAAAGUAGGCUCCAAUCUAGAUUCAAAGGGAUACGGUAUAGCUACUCCCGUCGAUUCCCAACUCAGAGACCCGUUGACACUUGCUGUGUUGCAGCUUCGCGAAAACGGAGAAUUGGAUCGCCUUAAGAAAAAAUGGUGGUAUGAAAAUUCCCAGUGUGAUCCUGAUACUGAAAAGGACCCGUCCCAAGCUGAAUUAACACUGGAGAACGUGGCGGGCAUCUUCUACAUUUUGUCCUGUGGGUUGACACUGUCUGUUGUUAUCGCUGCCAUAGAAUUUCUAUAUAAAUCAGUGGUUGAUUCUAAAAAAGCAAAGACAUCAUUUGGAUCCAUGGUUCGAUGCAAGGCUCGUUUGUCAUUCCGUGGUUCUCUGGACGACAGCUCCAUCCCAAAUACCCCACAGAAGAAACAAACAGCAACGUACACUUACACUGGACCCGUCCAAGUUCCCGAAUAUGAACCAUAUCCCGAUAACAACACCCACACACAAGUGUAAACCUCCCCGUGUCACGGGAUCCAUAAAAAGGGGACAGCAGCAAUGACGUCAGAAAUGACGCUAGAAAACCACGAUAUUUGACAAAUGUGGUAGUCAACUUAUUUUGGAAAUUGAAAGAACAUUUUUUAUUUACUAUCUGUUAUAUUUGUAUGUUGUACAUUCAAACUUUAAGAAUAAUCAACUCAGAAUGAAUCAAUUGACCGCUACCUUAAAUUGGUGCGUUAUUGAACAACUUUUUUUUUAUCACUGAACAUUGUUAAUUUAGAGAACUGUAAAGUUUACUCAUAAUUGUAUCUGUAUGUGAUUUCAUAAUCAAUGUUACAUGGCUUUCUUGUUUCAGUGUUUAUCAUUUUCCAUAUAUUGUUUCAAGAUAAUAAAAGUUUUAUAAUACAU